AUGUGGGCGAUGGCGUCUUCACUCUCGUCGCAGUUUCAACAUUUGUGCGACACCAUGUAUCGUGAAGCCCUCGACUGCCUCGGGAAUCUUGACUCUCCUGGCAGUCCAAUGAAUAAAGAGGAGGUUUUAUUAAAGCAGACCCAGGCGUGGAUUCUCAUCUCGAUGUAUGAGCUGAUGGCAGUCGGUUUCCACCGCGCAUGGGUGAGUACGGGGCGAGCGAUACGCCUGAUACAGCUCCUGCGCCUGAGCAAUAUCGAUUCAAGUUGCUCCAAAGCCUCCGGAUCAGCCGAGGACCCAGAUUACUUUGUCGAGAAAGAGGAGAAGAGAAGGACGUUCUGGAUGGUAUUUUGUCUAGAUACUGUUAUUUGCUUGGCGCAUGAUCUGCCCCGGACGUUCACUGAAUCUGAGAUAUAUACUCGGCUUCCUUGCUCUGAAGACGCAUUUCAAAGCCGCACGCCCACCAUCUCUCUGUUUCUCUCAGAAGCUAUGGAGCUACAGACAGCAGCAAAGCAACAUCCGUUCUUGGAAUUCAUUCUAUCCAUCUCAAUGUCCGAGCAGAUUCAAGUCCACAAGAAUCGAUCGAGAAUUGGACAUGAAAGUGGGAGGUCGCCUGCCCAAUUUUCGGAGCGCCACAUGUUUGUGGACUCCGUCCUCAUGCGGCAGAUUUUCCGUCUGCAGGGCCUCCCCGUAUCUCAUCGCGCAGGAUCUAUGACAUUACUUACUAGGGUAGUAGCCCAAGUAGCGUCACUAUCACUUCUGGAGGUGGCCGCAACCAUGCCGGAUACUACUGCAGAGUACCAUCAUCUCGUCGAUGGCUGUGAGGAAAGAGCUGUAGCAGCAGCUAGAGAGAUUGCACGCUUAUCGAGUAUUUUAUUAUCCGAUUUCAACAUUUGCCAGAUCCACCCAUUUACGCCAGCGCCAUUUCAUUCAUGUCGGGAAGCUCUGGUCAGGUUUCAGGAACGUGGCAUGGCGUUAGAAGAUGAGAUUAAGACGAUGGAUGAAGCUUUGGGGGAGUUGAAAGCUGCAAAUGGGUUUUGCCAAGGUAUCCCGAAGCCAGAGCCGCCUCGGUUUGGAUAUGAGGAUGCCUUGGCGACGCCUGACUCUCUCAUGGACCUGUUGAUUGAGGAACCGAGUAUGGGGGACUGA